UAGAGAGAAGAAAAAGAAGAUACUGACACAGAUUAGUGAGUGCCCAAUGAAUAUGGAUGAGUACCAGAACAUGGAUAGAUUUGGAACGGAAAACGAUUUUGAAGAUGGGCAAUGGAUUGGUGGCGAGUUCUAUGGUAGGAAACGCAAGGAAAAACGGCAACAGACCAAGGAAGACGUUCUCUUUGGUGUCUUUGCCGAUAGCGAUUCUGAUGCCGACGAUGGUUCUUCGAGGAAGCGACGGAAGGAUUUCUCCAAGAAGUCCGAUUUCACCAAGCCCGUGAAUUUUGUUUCCACUGGUACAGUGAUGCCUAAUCAGGAGAUUGAUAAAAAUGCCAAGGAAGAGAAGAAUGGGGAGAUGGAGAUGGAGGUGGAGGCAGAGGAGGACGGGAGCUCUGGGUUGGGGCUUGGAGCAAAUAAUGCUGGAUUAGGGUUGGGGUUUAAAUCAAGUUCGGCGAAGAAAGAUAGUAGAGAGGCGAAUGGUGGUGGUGGUGGUGAUGAUGAUGAUUUUCUGCCCACUGCGUUUGGGAGAAAGAUCAAGGAGGGUGCACAACGGCGGGAGCAAGAGAGGGAGAAGUCCAAAAUUGCUUCAAAAUCUCAAGGAGGAAGGAAAGAACCACAGUUUGGUGAUGUAGGGGUGUUUGAGAAGCAUACGAAGGGUAUUGGGUUCAAAUUGCUUGAGAAGAUGGGGUACAAAGGAGGAGGUUUGGGUAAGAACGAGCAAGGUAUUGUCGCUCCAAUCGAAGCUAAGUUGCGUCCUAAAAACAUGGGAAUGGGUUUUAAUGAUUACAAAGAGACGAGUUUGCCGGUAUUGGAAGAAUCAGAGGAGAAGAUAGCUGGACCUGGAGUUGCUCGACCUGCGAAGCUUUGGUCCAAGCAAAAUCGAGGUAAGAAGAAGGAAUAUAUUACUGCUGAAGAGUUAUUGGCAAAGAAGCAAGAGCAGGGUCUAGAGGUUGUUCAGAAGGUGCUUGAUAUGAGGGGACCGCAGGUUCGGGUUUUAACAAAUUUGGAGAACUUGAAUGCUGAAGAAAAGGCUAGGGAGAAUGAUACACCAAUGCCUGAGCUUCAACAUAAUAUCAGAUUGAUUGUAGAUUUAGCUGAGGUUGAUAUACAGAAGCUGGAUAGGGAUUUGAGGAAUGAGAGAGAAACUGCAGUGAGUUUGCAGGGGGAGAAGGAGAAGCUCCAGAAGGAGGCAAUUCGGCAGAAGAAGCAAUUAGAUAAUAUGGAAUUCAUUGUUGGCAUAUUGGACCGGAUAGGGGAGGAAAACUCAUCUGGGACUUUGACACUGGAUUCGCUUGCAAAGGCAUUCAGUGAGUUACAUAGGAGAUAUACUGAUGACUACAAACUCUGCAACUUGUCAUGCAUUGCUUGUUCAUUUGCCUUGCCUCUACUGAUUAGAGUCUUCCAAGGAUGGGAUCCACUUCAAAAUCCAUUGCAUGGGUUGGAGGUGAUGUCUUUAUGGAAAGAUCUGUUGCAAGGGGAUGAUCCCUUUGAUUACUCGGAUGCUGCAUCUCCCUUUGUCCAGUUGGUCAUGGAGGUUGUCUUUCCUGCUGUGAGAAUAUCUGGGACAAAUACAUGGAAAGCCAGGGAUCCGGAACCAAUGAUGCGGUUUCUGGAAUCAUGGGAGAAGUUGUUGCCUCGUUCAGUUCUUCAGACCAUUCUAGAUAAUGUUGUUAUGCCAAAACUAUCAGAUGCUGUAGAAUCAUGGGAUCCACGUCGGGAGACCGUGUCUAUUCAUGUCUGGGUGCAUCCUUGGCUUCCUUUGUUGGGGCAUAAGUUGGAGAGUUUGUAUCACACAAUACAGUUCAAACUGGGAAAUGUCCUUCAUGCAUGGCACCCAAGUGAUGUUUCCGCUUACACAAUGCUGUCUCCUUGGAAGACUGUAUUUGAUCCAGCCAGUUGGGAACAGCUGAUUGUUCGAUACAUAGUUCCAAAGUUGCUCAACAUAAUGCACGAGUUCCAGGUGAACCCAGCAAAUCAAAAGCUAGAUCAGUUCUAUUGGGUUAUGUCUUGGGCAUCUGCUAUUCCAAUUCACCACAUGGUCUCAAUGUUGGAAGUUGCUUUUUUUACUAAGUGGCAACAGGUUUUGUAUCACUGGUUGUGCUCUAACCCUAAUUUUGAAGAAGUUACACAGUGGUAUUUGGGCUGGAAAGGACUACUUCCACCAGAAUUGCUUGCGAAUGAGCGUGUCCGAUAUCAGCUUAACAUUGGGCUUGACAUGAUGAACCAGGCUGUUGAAGGUAUAGAGGUGGUACAACCUGGAGCUAGAGAGAAUAUUAGCUAUCUUAGGGUCACAGAACAGAGACAGUUUGAGCAGCAGAAAGCAGCAGCAGCUUAUGCUCAACAACAAGCUUCUGAGUUAAGCUUGAAAGAAGUCAUUGAGACUUAUGCACAACAGCAUGAGUUACUUUUUAAGCCUAAACCUGGUAGAAUGCACAAUGGUCUUCAGAUAUACGGCUUUGGCAGUGUAAGCAUAUAUAUGGACUCCUUAAACCAGAAGGUCUUUGCGCAAACAGAGGAUGGUUGGUCAUUGGUGUCUUUAGAACAGUUGCUGGAUAUGCACCAAUGUGCUGGUCAGAAACGGCGUUGAGUUCUGGACGCACGAGUCAUAUUGACAAUGCAUCCUGAGAACCAAGGGUAUUGCCUUUCUGCUUUGCCAAUUCUUGCCACCUACGUCCACAGAUGUGGAAACAGUUCUUCACUUUUUAAUUGCCCAUAUGGUUUUGAACUAUAGGGGGUUGAUGUUGUUCGACAACCUGUAAAAGCUUUUAUUUUCAUGGGGGAUCAUACAUUUAAUUCUUGGAGCUGAAAAUUGUGAAAACUUUUAUUGUCAGCCAGCCUCUUGAGUGUUUGAAAGGAAAGAAACAUGUGGUGAUGGAGGAGUAAGACGUUUAAUUGCUGGAGCUGCAAAUUGUAGAAACCGAUAUUAUCAACUAUUCCUUGGAGAAUGAAGGGAAAGAAACAUCGGAAUUCUGUGAACCGUCAUGGUUCAGCUUUUUUGAUUGCUAGAAGGCCUGGGCUGUCUUUAACCAUCUUGAGCUUCAUUUGAUUUACAGACCUGAUCAUGGAAACGAUUUUCCAGGCACAAGAUGCUGUUUCUUUUUUAAGCAUGGCCUACUCCCAUCAAUCUUUGAAGUUUUGUCUCAAUUCAGUGGAAUGUAAUGAGAUCUAUCUUUUAAGCUUCAACUUGUAAAGAAUUUAGAAAUUGCUUUGAGAUAUCAGAAGUAAAUUU